UAACUGAGCAUUUCACUUAAUUCUAUACAUACAAAUAUGUUACAAUAUCAAGAACAUGAAAUCAAUAUUGGCAUCGUUAGAAUAACACAAAAUCCAACGUUACAUUUCAAACAAUUCAUGUGGACAGUUCACGGGAAGUAGAAGAGAGGCGAGGACAGGAGGAGGAAGUUACGUCCGCUUUGCUUGAGCUGAUCUGUAGCCAGUUUUCGGGAAUGAUACACUCACGAGUAACUUAACUCUCCGCGUUUUUAUUGACCUCAAGUCAGUUUGUAUGGACAGGGCGAGUCGAGGAAGCCAAGAAGUGUUUAGUGCUCGAAUUUAUGACAAUAUUCUCCAAAUCUACAGAAGUCAUUCUAAAAAUUGGGAUUGUAUUACACAUACUUCAAAUUAAUUUAUCUUUCCGAGACCAUGGACAAGCUUCGUCGUGUGCUUAACGGCCGAGAGGAGAACGAAGAGCUUGGUCUCACGGCGCAGGUCCUCGAUGCCACUUCGCUCAGCUACAGCACCAGGGUGAAAUGGUUCGUCAUAUGCUUUGCCUCAGGCAUCUUGUGCUCAAUACUUGGCUCAGCACUGCUCUUCCUUCCAAAAAAAGGAAUCAAACUCUUUGCUGUUUUCUACACAUUGGGCAAUGUCGCAGCUCUUGCUAGCACCUGCUUCCUUAUGGGACCACUCAAGCAGUUAAAGCGCAUGUUUGAGCCAACACGACUUAUAGCGACCAUCGUCAUGCUGCUCUGCCUUGUUUUAACACUAUGCGCAGUGUUUUGGUGGGACAGAAAGGGACUGGCCAUCAUUUUUUGCAUUCUCCAGUUUCUAGCGAUGACGUGGUACAGCAUCUCCUACAUUCCAUUUGCCAGAGAUGCUGUGAUGAAAUGCUUCACUACCUGUCUAAGUUAGGGUUCUGGAGUUCACAGAACAGAACAGAAUCCUGGUCCUUAUAUGCAAUUGAGAGAACAGGAACUGUACAACAUGCAGUUGUUGCUUGUUUCCACUUUUGUUUUUUAGCUUCCUGUGGCCUUUUGAUUUAACUGAAGGUCUAUUACUUUCAUCAGAUUUUUCUUCUGUAUAUUAUGCUAUGAGUGCAUGUAAUCUGUAAUAUAUUGAAAGAUUUGACAUAUUUCUGAGUGCUAACGCUGUUUUGAAACCUCAUCAAGUAAUUUAACUUUGCUGUGCAUUGGAAUUUAUGACAUAAGCGCAUUGUGAAAUCUUAAAUAGUAUUAUACUAUUUGUCUUAAACAUCUUUUAUAACACGUUUUCUUAAACUCUAUCCAAAUAAGCAAUGCUGUAAAAAUAUAUUUUUCUUUUGUCUUGAGUAGCUUCCUGCUAUAUUUUCAAAGAAAUAGCAUUGUUUUCCCUUGAGCAUUUGACACACUGUUUCAGUGAUUCUGCACUGGCAUGUUGAUUUCCAUAACUCUUGAUCUUUUCCACUUAAACAGUGUAAAAAUAGCAGCAGAUGUUGGUAGCCUACGUGUUCACAAGCCCCCCUCCCCCACUCAGCAAAUUACAUUACAAUUGAGUAUUUUUGAAUUUGAUCUUCUGCCAGACAUACCAAUAACCCAGUUAAUUACGCUUUUAUGAGCAAUGUGGUUUUUGGCGUGACCUAAUAACCCAAUAUAGCUUCCUACAGGAUCCCGUAUGCUUCAGCUUGAUAGAAUCAUAGCCUUUGAGAAUUGAGUUGUCAUGACAACCUGGACCGGAAGAUUCAUUACCUUAGCUACCCCCAUUUGAGGUGCAGAUGUUCAUAUUAAUCGUGAUGAGAAUGCAUGUGUGUUUGUAUAAAACACAGCCAUGUGUUUGUCUUGUACUGAAUGCUGUACAUGACUUUAAAGCUGUUUUGUUUUUUGCUUUUUUUUUUUUUUUUUUUUCCAAACAAGCCACAUUGCCAUCAUGAACCAAAGAACUGAAUUGCAAUUCCUCAUUGUUUCUUUAGGCUUCUGCAAAGAAGGAUUAUGGACAAAGUCUUCCUUUAGUACGUGUUCAAGUAAUUUGUUAAAUAACAAGCAAAUCCCUGUUGAUGUAAUCCGAGGAUCUAAUAAUGCUGUAGAAUUAAGGAAAAUCCGUUUGUUUUAAUUUUUUA